CUUUACCUUGCACGCAAAGGAAAAAACAUGCAAUCAGCUGAUUGCAUAGAAAUGUUGACAUUCCCUAUUUAUCGCGAAAAUUGCGUGAAAAUGUGAAGGCUAUUAAUACAUUUUUAGUGUGUGUAUUAUGAAGAGAUCCUGUACGUACGUAACCCAGUCGAAAAAAUACCAAAGGUUGAAAGUGCCAUGAAAUAAAAUAGAAAAUUUUGUGUUUAAAAAAAAUAGUGUUAUCGAAAAAAGAAAACAAUGUUGGAUUACCUGGAAAAAGAUCUUAAAUAUAUCAUCGCAGAUAUAUUGAGCAUUAUCACAAUUGCCUCCUGCUUAGUGUCCAAGGUUCCGCAGAUACGCACAAUUGAGCAGCUUAAAUCAGCUCGCGGAAUCAGCACAACAGCAUUGAUUCUCGAGGUUUCCAGCUACACUGUGACCUUUUCAUACAAUUUCUGCAAAGGAUAUGCCAUUAUGUCUUAUCUUGAAUAUCCUAUUCUCUUGCUUCAAGAAUAUGUCCUAAUUUUUUUGGUUCUAAAAUACCAAGGACUCCUUCAUGGGAAGAGUUUUAUCUUUGUCGGUCUCUACACUCUGUUCACUGUUAUGUUCCUCUCGAGACUCUUCCCAAUGUGGUUCCUAACUGCCCUCUUGCCUCUAACCACUCCAGUGGGAGCAACAAGCAAAAUAAUCCAAUUAGUCGAAAUACUCCGCACCAAAAACUCCGCCUCAGUGAGUCUGGCAACCUGGGCAAUGUCUGCAUUCACAAAUUUCACGAGAAUUUACACAAUUACAGUGGAUUCAGCUGAUAUAAUGCUCCUUAUGAACUUUUCCAUUUCCUUCCUGCUCAGUGCAUCUGUUUUUCUGGCUGCCAAGUACUACAAAGACGACAAGACGAAGAAAAUUGAAUGAAACUGGAUUUCAGUCAAUUUUCAUAGAAAAAUAUUUUAAUUUUUGAUAAUUUUCAUCAAAUUGCGUUCGUUAAAUUUUUGCUAAUAAAUUGCGCGCAAAAUA